CUUCGCACCUUCGCAUCUCACGAUCAACAUCCUCUCCGCGAGCAUGGACGCUCGACGAGGGGCCUAUAUCGCCUUUCAUGCAGCCAUGAGGCCAACGAUCGCUGGUUCUGCCCCACCAGCCCGGCGCAGUAUGGCCACAACAUCGGCGGCUGCUUCUUCCUCCUUCGCGCCUCGCCCUUGUUCCUCAUCCUCUUCCUCGUCGCCGCUUGUCACAGGCGAGCUCAGCGCGCUUCUCUUCGACUACUUCAAGCAAAAGCAGCAACGGCAAGAGCAGGAACAAGCAAACGAGUUUGCGUCGCUGCCUGCGCCUUUCAGCGUACCACCAACUCCUGUUGCGGCGCCGGGAGCGGCAGAGGGCAUCGAGGUUGCGUCUCCCCCUUAUACUCGCCAGCGCCGCUUCUCCGCCAUCGCAUCAAUAGAUCGCGCCCUCCACCGCGGGGACGUCCGGCAUCUCAUCAAAUGUCUCCGCACAUAUGAUGCCACUGCAAAAGUGUCACGCAGCUCGCUGCUCCCCUCCCGAUCGUCUAGCUUCAGCAACCAAGUCCCCUCGGCGGACGACCUCGUCCGGUGGACCUAUCAGGUACGAGACCUUCUCAAAAGCGGCGGCAUCCAGUCAAGGGCCCCGAUCUCGUCCGGUCAUUCAAGCGCGAUGAGCUGUGCCUCCACUUGCACCGAUGCAGCCACACUAGCAUCUUUCGCCCUAGCCAACAUCUUUGACGCCCACCACGCGCUGGGCUACGCUCCCGAGGAAGGAAUGAUCUCUGUACUACUUUCAGUGCUAGCGCACAGCAUGUUCUCCGUCAGAGACUACGACGAAGUUGUGCAACUGGCAUUCCAAGCGUAUCGGGAGGGCCAGGUAGGAGAGAGAGAGGAGCUACCGCGAGCCAUGCUUUCGGCCGCCAUUGUAGGGUACGGACGACUGGGCUCGCCAGGCUCGGGCGAGUGGCUACUAGCUAGGUGUGCCCAUGCUUGCGCCAAAGGGGAGCCUCUACAGCACGCUGCGCUAGAUUUGCCGCUUGACGGCGGCUGGACGAGGGACCAUGCAAUCUGGUGCGCAUUGGUGCGGAGCCGAUGCUUGGCGGGGGACAUGGCCGGCGCACAGAGGUGGUUGGGACUCUAUCGUGACAUCUAUCAUGAUGGGUCACUUCCGCUGGAGGCGAGACCGGGCAAGCUGCACGACAAGGUCUACCUGACGCUCAUGGUCGGCUUUCUGCAAGCUGAGCCGGCGGUGAGAUGCGACGAGGCGGAAGUGCACGCAACCAGAGUCCAGCGCCGUGGACUCGACGUGGAGACGGAGCGUAACGUCCGUUCUAUCGUGGCCACCAUGCGGAGCGACAGUGUACGCCCCUCCACGGCGAUGCUCAACUUCCUGAUCGGCUUCGAGAGAAGAUGCGAGCCUGCAGCCUCGUCAGUCGCCUCCCAUCGGAUUUGCACGCUUGCACGACUGGUAGAAGAGGGCAAGCAGCCCCGCGCAAAUCAGUGGGACGGUCACAAGUUUCAGACAGCAUUCGAAGACCUUGGCGUCGACGCAGCAAGCUCACCGUCGCAGGACAAGCACACCCUGCGGUGGCUUCUCACCUCCCUUGCCCAGUUACACAAUCGUGCUUUAUGGAAAAAGAGAGUCGAGGAGGCUUCUCACUCCGACUCGCCAUCAGGAGCAGCAGGCACGGGACGCUACUACCCCGCGCCCACGCCCAGACCUACCCGCUACCUGCGCUCCGCGACUACCCUGCGCUCGGCAUUCUGGGCAGCCCUACGCUGCGCUCAUUCCGCCCAGGACUUGGCCACAGCCCUGUUCGUGCUGAGCAGCUACAAGGUCUGGGGAUAUGGGCACGUGCUUGACGUCUUGCCGGAUGCGGAGAACGGCGAGCAGCAGCAGCUGGCACCGGGCCAUAUAAGCGAAGCAGAAGUGAGGCAAUACCUUACUGCGCAAGGAUAUGCUGCCGCCCGAAUCGAUCUCAAUUCUUCGCCAUCCACCAAGAAGACAGCAAUUCAACGCCUUCUCGAAGAAGCCUUGCUCGAACGCCUCGAGCUCUCUCUCGACUCUGCGCUCCCUCCAUCGGUGCAAAGGAGGAGAACGCAGGAAAGAAAGGAGGCUCUGGCGGCUGCGCUGUCCCAGGUCGAGGACGAGCUGAUCCACGCGAGGAAGAAGAGUAAGGAGAGAAGAAGGGAGAGGAGGAGGGUCGAGAGGCAAGCGAGACAGACGAGGUAGAUCGAGGAAGAAGCGGAUGGAAGCGCAGCGUGAUAGCAAGCUAAAGGCCCUCUACCCGCCCUGAGAAGCUGUCAGCUUUUGCGUCGAACCCAUGGGAGUUCACAUCAAUGUAGCAUAUUUGAACGAUCCUUUGAAGACGGACGAC